UCGUUCAUCGCCAUGGAUUACGUUCAGUUGUCAUCGUCGAUGGGCUCGGGUUCAACUGCAGUUGGUCCUGUUGUAGUCCAAACGGAUACCACUCCUCCUUCUAUGGAGACCGAUUCGGGAAAUUCGUAUUCUCUUACUGAUCUGUCAUCGUGCCGUGCCAGUGUCGAGGAGCAGCCUAUGUCUAAUGGUUGGAGCUAUCAAGAUGAGCUUUUUGCCCAUUUGGAUUUUGAGCCAACCACGUCUGGAAGCAGUGUGGACGCCAUACCGGUGACGUCCGCUGAUAAUCCAGAAACUGAAGUGGAAGAUGAUAACAUUUACAAGUACUACUAUAUGUUGGAGGAUUCACAUGAAGACGUUCUGAGAAAGCUAGAAGAAGAACUUGUUCGUGAAGAAUCUGAAGAGCAGUCGAAAGUCCAAGAAGUCAGUGCAAAACUUAAGGAACUGGAGAAGGGUGCCAGGGAGUGGGUGCACAUAGACAAACUGCAGAAGCGAAAAGUAACGCUCUCGAAAAGUGCGCAGGAAAAGAAGGCAGAAAGGGAACGAAUAGCGCGAAUUCGAAGGGAGUUGGCAAUAGCUAAUAGGGAACGCGAAUUUUUCUGUUGUUUUGUGUGCAGCCGAGUUUUCACGGAUGAGGAAGCGAUGCGGCAGCAUGUGUCGGAAAAGCACUUGGCAGCAAAAAAGAACUUCAAUCUGAAGUGUCCACACUGUUACCUGCGGUUCACAGAGAAGAGGUUGCUUACCAAACAUAUGAAGUUUCACAAAGAUGCGUCUUUUACUUGUGAAGUGUGCAAAUUCCAGUUCAAGGAACAUUUGAGCUUGAAAGUUCAUAUGAGUAGGGCGCACGGCCUGUCCUUGGAUGGAACGGAAAUUGUAAAGAAGCAUGAAUGCAAGUGUGGUCAGAAGUUUGGACUCAUGGAGGAGUUGAAGCGCCAUAGAUACUACUGUGAUAAUCGAGAAAGCAUUACCGAGAAACGGCGGAUAGCUCGCCAAGAGCUUGAUGCAAUGUCUGUGAUCUCAAGUCCUGCUCCUUCAACUAUCUCAUCUUGUUCGGAGUCUACCAGUGGGAUUAGUAUUGGCAGUACAUCUGGGAGACCGGUGAAAGACAAAUCUUGUCCGUUUUGUUUUCUUGUAUGUGCGUCCAUGCAGUCUCGUAGGCGUCAUAUUGAGAGAAAACACCCAGAAAAAUUAGGUGAAGAAGAGGUUGAAAUUCAUAGCUACAUAAAAGUUCAUUCGCCUGCUCUUCCAUUUGCAUGUCCGUUGUGUGCGAAAACCUUCUCUAAUCAUGCAUCACUUUCGCGACACAAGAAAAGAAUACACGAGAAUAUAAAAGAUUUUGUGUGCAGCACGUGUGGAAAGAGUUACCCAAUCCCAAGCGAGCUGAGAAAGCACAUGAAACGAGUGCAUAAUAUACUUGAAUGUUGACUUGUUCGUUUCUGGAUUUGUAUAUUCUAUGUUCUUAAUAGUACUGGUCAUGCUUCGGGUUUAGUUUGUACUAAAUAAAUGUUUUAUUGUCAUG